CUAGUUUUCUGAAGAAGCGGAUUGAACAAACAAGAACUGCUCGAGAAAUGAGGAAGUCCCCUAAGAAGCCCAGGAAAAAUGCUGCAGGACGGGAAGAAGCUUCAAGCAGUGCCCGGGAUAGCAUCGAUGUGCUUCCUUUUGAUGUAGUAAGGCGGCCACGGAGCAUCCGGGAUGCAAUGAAGGAGUCCCCCAAGAAGCUCAGGCAAAAUGCCGCAGGACGGGACGAAGUUUCAAGCAGUGCCCGGGAUGGCAUCAAUGUGCUUCCUUUUGAUGUAGUAAGGCGGCCACGGAGCAUCCGGGAUGCAAUGAAGGAGUCCCCCAAGAAGCUCAGGCAAAAUGCCGCAGGACGGGACGAAGUUUCAAGCAGUGCCCAGGAUGGCAUCAAUAUGCUUCCUUUUGAUAUAGUAAGGUGGCCACAGAGCAGCCGGGGUGCAAUGGAGGAACUGAAGAUAAUGGAUGCUGCAGAAGCAUUGGUGCUUCUUCAGGAACCAUGUGGCAAGGGUACAUCUUCUGAUGAUGAGCCGGGAGUUGAUUAUCCAGGUUUUGAAUCAGCUGCUGAUAAUCCAAAUGAGGUGCUCCAGGCAUGCUUGGACAAGAGAAUUUCUGCUGCGAAAUGCAACUCUCACCCUGUUGCAGAGAUGGAGGAGAGAUUAAGUCACAGCGAUGCUAUUGACAAUUCUGAUGUGGUGAUAAAGUUUUAUGCUGCAAUGAUUGUGAUUACUCUCUUGUUCCUCAAACCUGAGAGGCACUCAGUUUCUGUGGAUCUCAAUGGAGGUACUGAGAAAUCUGCAAAUGAAUCCCUUUUGGUAGAGACAGAACUGACUCGCAAUGAUGAUGGUCAAGGGCUGGUUGAUUGUCAUGAAACCUCUGCUGUGAUGGAGCUGAAACGGCCCAAGCUUGAUCUCAAGGUUUCAGACAAGAGUGAAAACACAGCCUCUGAUGACUCUGAGGGUGGUGAUGCGUCAGGGAAGCAGACAUCUCUGACAGAGCCAAUGGCCAGAGAGGCGGAUCAGAAACCAGAACAAAAGUUAGAUGCCUUAGAGGAACAAGCUGCCAAAGGUACAACGUCUGUUGAUGAACCAGGAACUGAUAAACCAGGUGAGGAAUCAGGUGCCGAUAAUAUAGAUGAGGUGCUCACUUCCUGCUCAGAGAAGAGUUCAUGUUCUGUAGAAUGCUAUGGAGGUGGUGAGGGUACAAGCGAUGUGAAGGAGGCCGCAGGUGCAUCUUCUGCAUAUCCCUAUGUUGGUACUGAGAAUAGUGGGAAUGACGCCCCUGUUGUACAGGAGGAAGAGCUGAGUCGCAAGCACAUAAGCCAAUCCCUUGCUGACUGUCCUAAAAAAUCUGCUGUGAUAGAAGUAGAACAGAAAAAGCCCAAGCUUGACCACCAGGUUCUUGAUAACUCUGUUGUGAGGCAAGAGCAUCGAUGCCCCAGCUCCCAGAAACAGUUCAGAGGAGGAGAUCUCUGA